CUGAGGCAGUCACGUGAGCAAGACUUCCCCCAGCUGCCCGGGAACAGGAACAGCAGCAGCAGCAAGAGGACAAGCAGCCAGCACUGCAGGAGCGCGUCUGUCGCGCAUGCGCCCUAUCGGAUCCUUGCUUUUCAACCUCGCAGCUGGACGUUGCUCUUCCUCCUCUUCCUCUUCUUCUUCUUGGGAGCUAACUAGCACGUAUUCUGCGAUCGUUGGCGGCGGAGGCACGUCCACGCGGAACAGAUGUCUCCGGAACCUGCGUGGAGUGAAUCGAUCGUCGAAAGACUUGUAACCUCCAUGCCCGCGUGAAGGGAAAUUACAGUACAUUAACAGUCCCUCUUGACUGCCAUGAUGCUUGGACUACAGGGAAAUUCGUCACCGUCCAAAAUUUACCAUUGCGUGGCAUGUUCGGCUUCCUUCAGUGGUCUGGCCUCUUUGCUCGUACACCAAGCAACCCAUGCCAACACGCUCCCUAAGGUCAACACUCCCACUACGACACAGCCUGACAUGAGCCCGCACGACACUCUGACGGCCAGCCAAAACUCUUCCAGUGAGGCGCACAGUCCACCAGCAUCUCUCUAUAUCUGUGAUUGUGGCGAGGAAUUUCAUGACUUCAGUCUUAUGCUUGAACAUAAGCAAUUGCAUGUCUCACAAGCACAGCGACCCCAGACGCCAGACGGGACAGUCAUUCCAGGUGCAUUAGAGGCUGAUAAUGGUCUUACUGAGAAUGUAACACCAAGCCCAAAGAUAGAUUUUGUCCCGAGCUCUCAGUCUACUUCAGGGUCCUCACUUGUUCAAAGAGAACCUGUUUCGAGCUGUCUAUCUACUAUAGGGUCCUCUCUUGUUCAAGAAGAAUUUGUCCCGAGCUGUUCAUCUACUUCAGGGUCCUCUCUUGUUCAACAAGAACCUGUUUCGAGCUGUCUAUCUACUACAGGGUCCUCUCUUGUUAAAGAAGAAUUUGUCCCGAGCUGUUCAUCUACUUCAGGGUCCUCUCUUGUUCAAAAAGAAUUUGUCCCGAGCUGUCCAUCUACUUUAGGGUCCUCUCUUGUUCAAGAAGAGCAUACAGCAAAUGAAAGACUGGAAGAAAGAGAUGCAGUUCCCGGAACUCCUCCACAGGAAUAUCAAAUAGCGGCAGAAAUUGGUAAACAAUGUGACCAAACAUUGGCAACAAGUGACCCAAUCAAUGCGAAAGUCGAAAACCCUCCACAGGAAUAUCAAACAGCGCCUGAAAUUGGUGAACAAUGUGACCAAAGUGACCAAAAAUUGGCAACAAGUGACCGAAUCAAUGCGAAAGUCGAAAAUCCUCCACAGGAAUAUCAAACAGCGCCAGAAAUUGGUGAAAAUUGUGACCAAACAUUGGCAACAAGUGACCCAAUCAAUGCGAAAGUCGAAAAUCCUCUACAGGAAUAUCAAACCGCGCCAGAAAUUGGUGAACAAUGUGACCAAACAUUGGCAACAAGUGACCCAAUCAAUGCGAAAGUCGAAAAUGUCGAAGAAGAGAAGAGCCAGGACUUGCAGAAGCCUGUUGUCAGUGGUGACGAGGAGAAUUUGGCCUCAAAAGACAAAGUAAUGAAAUUACUGGCAUCUGCAUACAUGAAGUGCAACUCAGUGUCUCCAUGUCCAAAUGACAAUAAUGAGUUCAUAACCCUCAAACAAGAAGCCAUCCCAGUUGAUAUUACUGAUAUCACACCAGUCCAAAUACCUGGACCCCAACCUGAACCUAUCAAUGAUCUCUCUGUGGCAAAAAUGAGGCGAUUGCUCGCAGAGCCAGGCAUCAAGACCAAAGCACCAACUAUUAGCAAAAUUAUCGAUUGCAGCAGGAAGAAGAUAGUCUCUCUGACAAAAGUGCUCUCACCCGUUGUGGUUCUAGAAACCCGUCAGAAGCUCAGAGAUUCUAGCAACAAUGGCCUCUUUGGGAAAUAUCAAUGCGGCCGCUGUCGUCGCACAUUUCCAAACUCAGACCGACUAACCGAGCAUCACUUCUUGCACAAAAAGGAGAGGAUUAAAUGUUGUCGUCGCUGCAAACAACUCAUCAUUGGGAAGCUGCCUUUCACUGACAAUCAUGUAUGCACUCCAUCUGGGAAAAAGUCUGAUCAGUUGUCCAGCACAUUGCCACUAGCUCCAAAAAUAAUGCCAUUCCAUGGCUUAAACAAUACAAAAAAAUCCUUCUAUUGUCCGGUGUGCAAGCACAACUAUGCCCGCAGGUACAACCUGAAGAAGCAUAAGUGUCAGGGUCCGAAAACAGCCCCAAUCCAGGUAUCUCACUGCACCGCUGAUAGAAUGCUAGCCUUAAGAUCAAGCAGUAAAGCAGUACCACCGAGGGACGAUCGCUUUCAACUUUCCAGAAACGUGUAUGUUAGCACUGAUGUACCCGGUCCGAUUAAAGUAGAGGUGACAUCUACCACUUCUGAACAGUCGUAUAUUUCCGAUAUGGCCUGGUCUGGUUUUGCCAAAAGCUUCCCACCGUUUAUGCCCGCGCAUUCAAUGAGGGAUCAGCAUAGUGUCAUGGAAAACAGUCACUUGGAUGCAGCGUCAGUUCAUAAUGACAGCAGCAAUGAAGGCCAGUGGACAAUGCCUUUGGAUGAUGAAGCCGAACUCCUUAGUCCCUCACUGAACGCUUUUAACGACCUUCAACCGGGGGAGUCUGAGUCUGAUGCGAUGGCUAAUCAGAAUUAUAUUGUCAGUGAUGGUGUCCAACGUUACCCGUGUCACAGGUGUCAAAAAACUUACAGUCGGCUUUCUACCCUGGAAAGGCAUUUACUCCUCUGCGGGUCGAGGCCACAGGGUCCUGGGACUGUAUCACCGAGUAGUGGUGGUGGUCAGUGGAUGGCUUCACAAAACAGUGGCACCAAGCCAAUGUAUCCUUGUUUUGUCUGCGGAAGAACCUUCAACCGUAAAGACAAUAUGAUGGCGCACAGGCGAAAAUGUCAGUUGCAACAGCACACAAACCAACAGCUGGUACAGCCCAUUUUGUCAGGCAGUGCUAAAGACGCGGAUAAUGAUGCAAACAACUGGGGCAUCAUGUCCCUCCCCUCUGUGCUGCCAAGGAGAGUGACCUGCGAGUGUGGGGUCGGAUUUACAUCUCCAAGACUGCUUCUGGAGCAUCUACAAAAGCAUGCACAGGAAUCCUACACUUGUCCAACUUGUGGCGAGACUGUCAAUUCCUGGUCCGACUAUGAAGUUCACCUGCAGAUCCACAUGCAUCCUCACCACCAACUGCUGAAGGGGAUACAUACACAGCGGUCACAACCCCUUGUAUUACGGAUCCAACAACAGCCCCCUCAACAACAGCCUCCUCAACAACAGCCUCCAACUCCUCCUGUGCAUCAGCCCCCACAAAAACAACCAGUUCCUGUGCGGGCAAGCGUGGGGAAAAAGCAACGGUCUGUAUGCACGCGAUGUGGGAAUUCAUUUGCCUCCCGAUGUUCCCUUCGAAGGCACUUGGCAUGGAACCGAUGCAAAGGUGGCCGGCCUCAAACUGUGCCCAAAACCUAUCGCUGCUCCCGCUGCAGCUCUGAAUUCCCUAACAUGGUCAGUCUUCUAUUUCACCAGAGGAGCGGCGCCUGCAAACCUGCCAUCAAGCCUGUGCGUUGCCCCGUUUGCCUCCGCUGGUUUGGAACAGUCGACACUCUGCAAAGGCACCUCCUGACUCACAAACAGUCAGAAUCACACCGCUGUGAUAUUUGUAACGGAACAUACCCAAGUCUGAAAUCACUGAAAAACCAUCGCAGGAGGAUCCAUCGCAUCAUGGCUACAAAUGUUACGCACCAGUCGCAAGAAUUAUUGACUUAAUUUAAUUUUUUGCUACUAAUUUGUAACAUGGAUGUGGUGUAUUUCAGAAAAUACCACUUUUUGCAUUGUACUUGUAUCAAAUGUAAAUAGAUUAACAUUGACAGUGAUGUUUGUGUUGGGUUUUUUUUUUUAGAAUGAAAUGGAGAAACAUGUUAGGCUUUAUAGCAGAUUUCUGUCGUAAAAUGAAAUAUUCCAUGUGUGUACAACCAUUUUGUCAAGUACUGUACGGUAUUUCAGGUUAAAGGUUGUAAAUAAUUAGAGAUCAAAUUUUAUCCAAUAGUUGUAAUGUGGCUAGCUUGUUCUGGGUGUUAUUAAAUAUACCAAUUGAUUAAAGCU